GACCAAUCCGGUGCAAACAGGCUCGCCACGGUAAUUGGCACAAGGGGAUAUAAAUGCAGUGCAGAUACGCCACUAACAAUUGGUUUGUUCUUUGUUGGGAAGUGAAGUGGCCUCAUAAUGCCCGAGCCAGCCAAGUCUGCGCCGGCGCCCAAGAAGGGCUCCAAGAAAGCGGUGACCAAGACGCAGAAGAAGGGCGACAAGAAGCGCAAGAAGAGCCGCAAGGAGAGCUACUCCAUCUACGUGUACAAGGUGCUGAAGCAGGUGCACCCGGACACGGGCAUCUCCUCCAAGGCCAUGAGCAUCAUGAACUCCUUCGUCAACGACAUCUUCGAGCGCAUCGCCGGCGAAGCCUCCCGCCUGGCCCACUACAACAAGCGCUCCACCAUCACCUCCCGCGAGAUCCAGACCGCCGUGCGCCUCCUGCUGCCCGGGGAGCUGGCCAAGCACGCCGUCUCCGAAGGCACCAAGGCCGUCACCAAGUACACCAGCUCCAAGUGAAAAGGGGGAAGGGAUCCAAAGCCCUCUUCGAAACCCAAAGGCUCUUUUAAGAGCCAC